UCUGCUGUGAAAAAGAUUAAACAGUAAAAGUAGAUUUUCUUCAUAGUCAGACUUUUCAUGAUCACAUUUUUUUGUGAUGCUGAGACAUUUAGUAUUUUUAACGCUCAGUUUUGAUGUAGGCUUAUCCUUCACUCCUUUACCUCAUCUACUCUGUCUACUGUACAGCCUGUAUGAAGUUACAUCAUUACACAGAUUGAAUCCAAGACAGAAAAUGUUCAAUGUAUUGGUCCACCUCCCAGAUAAAACUUGAUUUAUGUUUAUUUAUGUUUGUUAGUUUUAAAAAACGUUGACACAAAGAAGAAACUGGUCUCUCCAAAUGCUUUUGUUGUUGCCACAUACUAUUCAUUUUGAAGAGAAAGGACACAUUUUGAACUCAAAUUUUGCUUUCUAUUGUCCUACUGCCUUCAGAUGGACUUGCCUUUGAUAGAGAAGUGGUGGUGUCUUCUUCCCAUGGAGCGUUUCCAAACAGAGGGGAUGUACUUAGUGGCAAACGCUCUACUUGGAUUCAUCAGAAGUCUUGUUGCCAGAUGCCUGUCUACCUGGAUAGUGAGGAACAACACGACAAGCUUUUUGCAUUCUUAAAGACUGUACUGCACAGAGGACCAAUACAGCUGAGCUUCACAGAUGAAGUUGUGUUCAUCUUUGAUGUUCUCUUUCCAGAGGCCAUCAUAUAUGGCCUGUCUAUGCAGGACAAUCUGUCCCUGCAGGAGGCUGAGCAGGUCUUCUUCAGUGGUCCAGCUUACCAUCAAAGUGAAGUGGAGGAGUUUUGUCAAAGGAUUAAAAAAGACCUGAAGAAAGAAGGCAGACUGUUCAGUUGGUAAGUGGUGCUCAUUUCAAAAGGAGGUAUAUUGGCAUGAAAUGUUAAAAAUAAAAUACAUUUUACCAAAGUAAAUAAG